AUGAGUACCGCAGCGCGGCGACGGCUCGUGCGAGACUUCAAGAAGUUACAGAAUGAUCCACCGGGUGGCAUCAGUGGCGCACCAUGUCAAGACAACAUCCUCCUCUGGAAUGCCGUCAUCUUUGGUCCGACGGAGACACCUUUCGAAGAUGGUACGUUCAGACUCGUCCUGACCUUUGACGAGUCCUACCCGAACAAGGCGCCCACGGUCCGGUUCCUGACAAAGAUGUUCCAUCCCAAUGUAUACGCCAACGGCGAACUCUGCCUCGACAUCCUCCAGAACCGCUGGAGUCCGACCUACGACGUUGCCGCCAUCCUGACAUCCGUUCAGAGUCUCCUGCACGAUCCCAAUCCGAACUCGCCAGCCAACGCAGAGGCGGCUCAGCUGUAUCGCGACAACUACAAGAGCUACUGCAAGCGAGUCCGUGAGACUGUCGAGGCGAGCUGGAUGGACGACUCUGAUCCCAAUGGGGACAACACGCCGAGCUAG